AUGAGUUCAGUAAGACCAGCUACUCAUGCCGGAUCAUGGUAUUCUUCUUCUCCUGCUUUGAUAACUACGUUGCAACAACUAUUGUCAAGAGACGAAGCGGUUCCUGGGACUAAGCAUUUGAUCUCUCCGCAUGCUGGCUAUAAGUACUGUGGGGAUACGAUGGCAUUAGGAUAUUCCAAACUAGACUUUACUAAUGUCAAGAGGUGUAUCAUAAUGGGUCCAUCACAUCACAUUUACUUUAAGAACAAGAUUCAAGUUACCUCAUUUGAUGAGGUUAACACACCAUUUGGAGACUUUAAAGUUGAUGGUGGACUAAGAAAUGAGUUGUUGGUUGGUGGGAAAGUUGUCUUGAUGAGUAAAGAAGUUGAUAUGGACGAACAUUCGCUUGAAAUGCAGUUUCCGAUGUUAUGGGCAGCAGCAAAACUAAGGGGUGUGGAUCCUACCAAUAUAAAGAUUUUACCGUUGCUAGUAUCGCACAAUUCAACAAAGGUUGACUUCGAGUUGGGGAAACUGCUACAAAAGUAUGUAGAUGAUGAGGAGACUCUUUUCAUCUUGAGUAGUGAUUUUUGUCAUUGGGGUCGUAGGUUUGGUUAUACCGGAUAUGUAAUGGAAUCUAGUGAUAUUGAUGAAAGUUUAGAGAAUGAUAGCGAAGUGGAAUAUUUGACCCAACGAUCUUUCAACCAUAAAUCCUCACACAACGUCCCCAUCUACAAGAGCAUUGAAAUAUUGGAUCAAUAUGCCAUGGAUAUCUUGGGUAAGAAUACAGAAAACAAAUACUAUGAUUGGAAGAAAUAUAUUAAUGUUACUGGAAAUACAAUUUGCGGUGAGCGACCUAUUGGGGUAUUCUUGUGUGCUAUGUCACUGUUGAACAAACCAUAUCAGUUUAAUUGGGCUCAUUACUCACAAAGCAGUCAAUGCGUUGAUUUAGAGGAUAGCAGUGUAAGCUAUGCAUCUGGAUACUUCUAG